AUGACCACCAAACCGACAAAGCGAGAUGCGGCAUUCCUCAACCUGUCCGUCCAUGGAUUCAUCGCAUCCCACGGAUUCCAACACACCGUCUAUUCAUACCUAGCUUCCUUGCCCCGGUAUAUUGUCGACCAGCUCCGUCGAAAUCGCGGCAAUCGCGUCGAAAUUCUCGACCGCUUCGACGGCCUAGUUCACCAUGGGGAGAUGCUCCUCGUCCUCGGCCGGCCCGGCAGUGGCUGCACCACUCUGCUCAAGGCGAUUGCUGGCGACACACACGGCAUUUACGUAGACCCAAAGAGCCAGAUCAACUACCAGGGAAUCCCUUAUGCUGAGAUGCACACGAAUUUCAAGGGCGAGAGCGUCUACCUGGCGGAACUGGACGAGCAUCUAGCCGAGCUCACAGUCGGCAACACGCUAACAUUUGCUGCCUCGACCCGCGAGCCGGUCUGGGGAAAGCCAGUCCAAUCGCCCAAGACCAGCGCAGACACCUGUCCUCUUGGGCCUCGAGGGCGCCGGCGGCGAGAAAAGACGUACGAGCAUUGCCGAGGCCCUCGUGGGUGGUGCUCCGCUACAAUGUUGGACAACAGUACCCGUGGCCUUGAUAGCUCCACGGCAUUAGAGUUUGUCGGUCUCUUGCGUCGACUGGCCGAUGAAAGCCACUCGACCGUCUUGAUGACCAUGUAUCAGGCUUCCGAGAAUAUGUAUCAGAAAUUCGAUAAAGUCACCGUUCUGUAUGAAGGCCGCCAGAUCUACUUUGGCCCGAUUGAGCUUGCAGGACAAUACUUUCAGGACCUUGGCUUCGAGAGACCGGCACACGCUACAAUGCCAGAUUUUCUCACCUCUCUGACCAACCCUGCCGAGCGUAUCAUCCGUCACGGUUUUGAGGGUCAAGCACCUCGAUCUCCAGAUGACUUCGUCAAGGCCUGGAAGAAGAGCAGUCUCAGCAAUCAACUUAUCUUGGAAAUUGACAGUUUCAACGCCACUUACCCAACUAUUGGCGAGAAUGGGAAGAAGAGCAAGGCAGGAUGGCGAAGCAAGCUUGCUCAUCGAACCUCAACAUACGUCAUCCCGCUCCAUCUUCAGGUCUUGCGCUGUCUUCAGAGAGCGUUUCAGAGAGUCAAGAAUCAGCCGGGAACUGUCAUAGGCAAUAUCGUUGCCAGCGCCAUCCUCGCCAUUGUAAUCGGAAGUGCUUUUUUCAACCUCCCUCAGGAUUCCAGUAGUGUAGAUCGACGUGCUGUUCUCAUCUUCUUCUCUUUGCUAUAUACGGCACUGUCCCCUUCGUUCGAGAUUCUACUCAUGUGGAAACAGAGGCCAAUCGUUGAAAAGCACAAUAGAUACGCUCUAUACCACCCUGUCUGCGAUUCUGUCGCAUCAAUGAUAAGCGACCUACCAAACAAGUUCCUGAGCGCUGUCGUCUUUCAGACUGUGCUGUACUUCUUCACCGAUCUUCGGCGCACUGCAGCAGCAUUCUUCACCUGGUUUCUCUUCGCCAUAGUAUUGCUACUGAACAUGUCUAUGUGGUUUCGCCUCGUUGGCUCCAUUUCUCGGACACUCGAGCAGAGCACCGUGCCGACGACCAUCCUCAUAUUGCUUGCCAGCAUAUAUGUCGGGUUUGUCGUCCCCGUUCCCUAUGAAGUGGGCUGGUUGAAGUGGUUUCGCUUCGUGGAUCCGAUCGCGUACGCCUAUGAAAGCUUGAUGAUUAAUGAGUUUAACUAUCGCCGCUUUCCCUGCUCCCAGCUGGUGCCGAGCGGUCCAUCAUACCCGGAUGUGCGCCUGCAAGAUCAAAUCUGCACCACCGUCGGAUCAGUCACUGGACAAGACUAUGUCGAGGGAAAUAUUUACCUCCUUGAGAAAUAUGGUUAUGUUCCUAGUCAUAAAUGGCGGUAUACUACAGCACCCCCAGCUCCUAUGAUCUUCGGAGUUUGCGGGCUUCAUCUUCUCUGUGCUCAAUAUGUACCCGCCGAAUCCUCCAAAGGCGAUAUUGUUCGGUUCCGGCGUCCAGAGUCGAAGCGGACCAAGACUCGCAGACAAGAUUCUGAGGAGAACGGUUCUCCUAGAUUCGCGCAAUAUGUCGGCGAGCAACAUGUCAGCAAGGAGAAAAGUGAUACUAUACAAGAAGUCGCCACACCCGGCAUCUUGGAGCAGUCGUCUGUGUUUCACUGGAAUAACCUGAGCUACGAAGUCAAGGUUGGCAAAGGUAAAACUAAGACCAUUUUGGAUAACAUUCAGGGCUGGGUAGUUCCUGGAACGUUGACCGCGCUCAUGGGAGUGACGGGAGCUGGCAAAACGACGCUCUUGGAUGUGCUUGCAAACCGUGCCAAUUUCGGUGUUGCUCGUGGCGAGAUCUGCAUAGAUGGUCAAGAAAGAGACGAAAGCUUCCAGAGAAAGAUAGGAUAUGCCCAACAAGAGGAUAUCCACCUUCCGACCGCAACUGUGCGCGAAGCCCUAGAGUUCAGCGCCCUGAUGAGACAGCUCGCAGCCUCUCGAGAGGACAAGCUGUCGUAUGUUGACAAUGUCAUCGAGAUUCUCGAAAUGAAGAGCUACGCAGAAGCUAUUGUUGGGGUACCGGGCGACGGUCUCAACAUCGAGCAACGCAAGCGACUUACCAUCGGUAUCGAACUUGUAGCCAAGCCAGAGCUGCUUCUAUUCUUUGAUGAACCGACCUCGGGCUUUGACAGCCAGACGGCAUGGUCCAUCUGCACCUUGCUUCGAAAGCUCUCAGCCAACGGACAGGCGGUCCUCUGCACGAUACACCAACCCUCGUCCCAGCUCUUCAUGUUGUUUGAUCGGCUCCUGUUACUGAACAACAAAGGUCAAUGCGUCUACUUUGGAGACAUCGGCGAGGAUGCCUCGACAGUGGUGUCCUACUUUGAGGGCCGAGGUGCACUGCCACCUGUCCCUGGAGCCAACCCUGCCGAAUGGGUGCUGCAGAUAACAAGUGGAGAGACGACUAACGCAUCUAGUGAUAUUCCGCCAAGUGAGUUCUGGGCCCGAGAAUGGGCUGCCAGCAAGCAGCAAAGUGAUGUCGCCGGCCGACUUGUCGAGCUUAAGGCCAAGGGCACACCAGAGAAUACGAGUAGCACAUCUGGGUACAAGGCAUAUGCUACGCCAUGGCUUUUCCAGAUGGUCUCCGUGACGAGGAGAAUCUUCCAAGAGUACUGGAGGCGGCCAGUUUACAUAUACUCCAAGUUCUCACUCUGCAUUGGAAUCGCUCUCUUCGAUGGGCUCUCGUUUCAAAACACCCGCCUCGACCUCCAAGGCUUCUCCAACUUGCUCUUCUCCAUGUUCCUGCUGACGCAAAUCUUCGGCACCAUGGACCAGCAGGUGAUCCCGCGACUAAUGGAGGGCCGCGCGCUCUUCGAGGGCCGUGAGCGGCGGUCUAAAACGUACCACUGGACCGUCUUCCUGGCCUCCAACGUCGUUGUCGAGUUCACAUGGCAGUUGCUAGCGACGGCCUUCAUCUUUGCUAUCUGGUACUACCCAACGGGCCUCCAGCGGACAGGCGAGGGCGGCGUGGCUUUUGGGGUGGCAAGCCGGGGCGCGCUGUCAUUCGUUAUAAUCCUCUUCUUCUGUCUCUGGACCAUCACGUUCUCGCAGGCCUUGGCCUCGGUGAUCGAGCUUGAGGAGAGCGCCGUGCAGGUCGCGACGCUGUUGUUCUAUUUCUCGUUGGUGUUUUGCGGUGUCCUAGUCUUCCCGAAGGACCUGCCCGACUUCUGGAUCUUUGUCUGGCGCGCCUCGCCCCUGACGUAUUCCGUCGACGGGCUAUCCCUUGCGGGCCUGUGGAACGUGGACCUGAGCUGCUCGCGAGCGCAGAUGCUAAGUAUACCUGCUCCUGGCGGUGGCGCAACCUGCGGCGAGUACCUCAAGGCCUUUGCGGACCAGAACUUCGGAGCGGUCAUAAACCCGAUGGCGACGACGGGCAGCUGCGAGUACUGCCCACUGGCCAACACGAAGCCGUUUUUCCGGGAGACGCUGCAGGUCUCGGGCGAGCACCCUUGGUAUUAUGCGGGGUACCUGAGUGUCUUUAUUGUUUUAAAUAUCUUGGCCAUGUUCGGCCUGUACUGGUUCGCUGGGGUGAGGGGCAGGAAUGGUGGACUUUCGUGA